AUGUUGCUGGUCCUCGGUGCUUUUUUUUACGUUUUCAGUUUGGUUGAUGGUAGACUCGGGGAUAACGUCUGCAGCAAUCUAUUGGAUUACGCUACAAUCCUGGUCAACAAUAAUUGCUGGUACAAUCCCGACAUCUACGCUUCUCCAGAAUCGAUAAUAGCUAACCAUGGGUAUUACCUGCAAACGCAUACGGUGACUACGGAAGAUGGAUAUAUCCUGAACAUGUUCAGGAUUUCCAAGAAGCCCACGUUCGUUGCUCACAGGAAGGUGGUGUUUCUUCAUCACGGUAUGGCUGCUGAUUCGGUGCAGUGGAUCACUUUCGGUCGUCGCUCGAUCGCAUUCUUGUUGGCCGAUUUGGAUUAUGACGUUUGGAUGGCGAACGCCAGAGGGACUGCCAACUCGGACCGUCACGUCAACAAGAAGCUGGGAUCGAAGAAUUAUUGGAAUUUUGGUUUUCACGAGAUGGGCGUUUACGAUCUUCCUGCCAGUUUGGAGCACGUCGCUAACAUCACCGGACAGCUCGGAGAGAUAGUUUACAUUGGACAUUCGAUGGGAACCACAGCUUCGUACAUUUACGCAACCGAGAAAGCUGCUCACGCCAACAAACACAUCAAAGGCAUCAUCUCCGUAGCUCCAAUAGCCUUCCUCAGUGAACUCAAAUCACCAUUAUUCCUGAUGGUUCCAAUAAUUAAACCAAUUAAUACGUUUUUGAAUACGAUUGGAAUUUACGUCGUGAACAACCAAAAACCUGCGGAAAAUCUGAAGCCAUGUCUAUCGUUUCCGUUGAUAGGAAUUUGCUUGGGUUUCUGGUACCUAAUCGGUGGUCAGAGUACGGAGCAAUCAUAUGAAGACGUACCAAUCUACUUUUCCAAUUUACCAGCACCUGUAACGACGAAGGGUUUGGCUCAUUACAGUCAAAUCCUGUUGAAGGGCGGUCGUUUCCAAAAGUACGAUUACGGUUUAGAUAAUUUCAGAAUCUACGGCAGUUUCAUCCCACCUGUAUACGACGUGACUAAAAUCACUUUACCUGUACAUAUGUUUUAUGGACUUGCAGAUACGCUCGCCGUUGAUACAGACGUUUUAACUUUAUUCAAUAAUUUGAGGACACGGAAGAAGAGUAUGCAAGUGAUUCCAACGAAUACGUCAAUCAAAUUCAGUCACUUCGAUUUCAUAACUUCGAAGCAUAUCGCGAAGCACUUCAUACCCUAUCUACAAAUUAAAAUCCAAGAGAUACUAAAUACUUAAUUGCUAUUUGACAGUUAAUUUCAGUAAUUAAUAAAUUGUCUUUAAUACCUUAACUAAAGUUCUAAAAUAGAU